AUGAAAACGUUAAUUUUAUAUUUAAAAAUUACUACAUUCCUUCUUUUAAUUUGGAUGUAUCAAUGUUUUUAUAACUGUGAUUCCUAUAAAACUUUGAUUGAUAAAAAUAUAUUGCAAACAAAAAAUGAGUUAAAAUAUGAAAGAGUAUUAACAGAGGGUGACAUAGCAGGACAAAAACAAACAAACGCUGAAAGAUGCAAAGAAGAAUGUCCAGUAGAAAAAAAAAAAAAAGAAAAAAAAAUAAAAUAUUGGCAUUUUCCUCUAAUACGCCAGAAUCCAUACAAUCGAUGGCAGGUAGUUAAUAAUCCAGCACUGUUUGAGAGACUUAAAAAUGAAACAAGUGGAAUGGAUCCUAAAUGGAUAGACCAUAAAUGGAAUAAUGAAUGGAAUAAAAUUUCAGAGAACAAAGUUAAUGAACUAUCUGAAAUAUUUAAGCGAAGUGGUAUUCCAAAAGAAGAAAAAGAUAAAUUAAUUCUUGGUGUUAAGGAAGAACUCUUCCGACUAUUUCAGGAAUUUUUAGACGAUUGUAAGAAAGAGAUGAGAGGCAAUAAAACAGAAACUGAAUCUAAAAAAGAGAUGAGAGACAAUAUAACAGAAUCCAAUUCUAAGAAAGAAUAG